AUGAAAACUAAGUUUGACUGCAUCAGCACAGGGAAGAGAAAUAGACCCUCUCCAAACAAGAACAAAAUAGAUAUCGAUUUGGUCGUCGAACCAGCUGCAUUCAAAAGGAACAAAAAAAAUAGCCGCCAACCAAGUUUCAAAGUGGGUUUGUCUUAUAACAGCUUACUGGAUGAUUGUGAUAAUGAAAAUGACACUGACGAUAUAUUUGAGGGUCGCGGUAUAAGGUUCUUCGAUCACGAUGAUAAUUUCUCCAUAACAGAGGAUGAUACACAAAUAACCAGUAAAUUAUUUGAUCAUGACUUGAAACAAAUACCAAAUGAAAUACCAAAGAAACAAAAAAGAGUAACAGUUAGGAAAACAUCCAAGAAAUGUAUAAGCACAUCCAUUUUACCUGAUUCAUUCAGAGGGGUUUUCAAAUUUACAGAGUUUAAUAAGAUGCAGUCAGAAGCUUUUCCAAGUAUUUAUGAAGGUAACGAAAAUUGCAUCAUUUCUUCACCAACAGGAUCAGGAAAAACUGUAUUAUUUGAAUUGGCCAUAUUACGUCUUAUAAAGGAGAUGAAUAGUGACUCUAAUAACACCAAAAUCAUAUACAUCGCCCCGACAAAAUCCUUAUGCUAUGAGAUGUACAAGAACUGGAACCCAUGUUUCGUUAAUCUUUCUGUCGGCAUGCUUACUAGCGAUACUUCUUUUCUGGAGACAGAAAAGGCUAAAAAAUGUAACAUAAUCAUAACAACACCAGAAAAAUGGGAUCUGCUAACAAGAAGAUGGCUGGAUUAUAGCCGACUAUUUGAAUUAGUUAAGCUCGUCCUAGUCGAUGAGAUUCAUACUAUAAAAGAAAAAAGAGGAGCAACCUUAGAAGUGAUUUUGACAAGAAUGAAUACAAUGUGUCGGAACAUUCGGUUUGUUGCUUUAAGCGCAACUGUCCCGAAUAUAGAGGACCUAGCUUUAUGGCUCAGAACGAACAACGAGCUUCCUGCAAGUAUUCUUUCUUUUGACGAAUCUUACCGACAAGUCCAGUUAACCAAGUUUGUUUACGGAUAUUCCUUCAAUUGCAAAAAUGAUUUUCAAAAAGAUGCCAUAUACAAUUCUAAAUUGGGUGAGAUCAUUGAAAAACAUGCUGAUAAUCGCUCGGUACUAAUAUUCUGUCCGACCAGGGCUUCAACUAUAUCGACAGCCAAAUUCUUACUCCAUAAUCAUCUCCCUUCGAGAAGAGGUAGUAGGAAAGAGAGUAAUUAUUAUGCCUCAGAUAAAACAUUAAGCGAAUGCAUGCGCGAAGGUAUUGCUUUCCAUCAUGCUGGAAUCUCAUUGGAAGACCGUAAUGCCGUUGAAAAGGAAUUUCUAGCAGGUUCAGUAAAUAUAUUAUGCUCAACUUCAACAUUAGCAGUUGGUGUAAACCUUCCAGCCUAUUUGGUUAUUAUUAAAGGCACAAAAAGUUGGAACUCUUCUGAAAUCCAAGAAUACUCAGACCUGGAUGUUUUACAGAUGAUUGGGAGGGCUGGAAGGCCUCAAUUUGAAACUCACGGAUGUGCAGUAAUUAUGACAGACACUAAAAUGAAACAAACCUAUGAAAACUUGAUUCAUGGCACUGAUGUUUUAGAAAGUUCGUUGCAUCUAAAUUUGAUAGAACAUUUAGCAGCAGAAACGUCUUUAGAAACUGUGCAUUCAAUUGAAACCGCUGUGAAUUGGCUGAGAAAUACUUUCUUUUAUGUCAGAUUCGGGAAAAAUCCUGCUGCCUAUCAUGAAGUGAACCGAUAUGUCAGUUUUCACUCGGCUGAAGACUCUCAAAUAAACCAAUUCUGUCAGUAUUUACUUGACGCCUUAGUGAAAGCAAAUAUAACUGAAAUUGAAAAUGGGAAAUAUAAGUCGACAGCUUACGGAAACGCAAUGACGCGACAUUAUAUAUCAUUUGAGUCCAUGAAAAAAUUUAUCACCACAAAGAAACUUUUAUCCUUGCAAGAAGUGUUGAAUUUACUGGCCACGUCAGAAGAGUUUUCUGUUAUUAGAGUGAGACACAAUGAAAAGAAAUUGUUUAAAGAGAUUAAUUUAUCACCUCUUUUGAAAUAUCCAUUUCUAACUGAGAAAAAACAGAGCCAAUUAAUUGACAAAAUUAGCCAAAAGGUUUCUCUUUUAAUACAAUAUGAGCUGGGUGGAUUAGAAUUUCCAUCAUACGAAGGUGCUUCAAAAUUACAUCAAACUCUUGUUCAGGAUAAAUUUCUCGUUUUUAGACAUUGUUUCAGAUUGCUAAAAUGCAUGGUGGAUACAUUUAUUGAAAAACGUGACGGAAUAUCAUUGAAAAAUACCUUGUUUCUUCUGCGAAGCUUAAAUGGCCAUUGCUGGGAAAACACUCCGAUGGUUCUUCGACAAUUGAAAACAAUUGGACUGAUUUCAGUACGAAGGUUAAUACGACAUGGGAUUACCAACAUGGAAGAAAUGGGAAAUUUGUCAGACACUCAAAUUGAAUAUUACCUAAAUCUCAAGGUUGGAAACGGGAUAAGAAUUAAGAAUGACAUUUCCUUACUGCCUUGUUUAGAUAUUAGAACAAAAUUAGAACAUUACAAAAAGGAAAAUGAGGAGAUAUGGUUAACAUUUAAGGUAGAGAUUAGUGCAGCAUUCAAAUCUAGCGUCUGGCAUGGUCAACAUCUCUCACUAGACAUUGAAACUGAGAAAAGCUCAGGGGAGUUGGUAGACUUCCGGAGAUUGCAACUCAAUAAACUACAAACACCAAGAGGCUUUAAAAUUUCAGCCAAUAUCACGUCCAAACUAGAAAAAAUAGAAUUUUCCAUUCAUUGUCAAGAGAUUGCUGGACUCGGCAAAACUAUCGUAUAUUCUACUGACCAUCUAGCAUCUCAAUUAUCUACAAAGACUUCACAUGUGAAGAAAGACCUAAGUAGUUUAGACAAAUGUCUCUUUCAUGUGAGCAGUAGUGAUGAAGAAUUUGAGAAACGACAUAAGGUCUAUGACAAUGAUGGCCUUGAAGAAUCGCUGUCUUCGGAUGAUAGUAUACUAGAUUAUUUGAAUGAAGUAAAAAGGUCUCCAAAGGUUCUUGUACCUUCUAAUGCCGCUCACUCAGAUGGGAACUCUUUUGUACAGGCAGUUAAUGGUCGCCAGGUAAGAUCCAAUGGUAAUUAUGAAUGUUACCACAGUUGCAAAGACAAAACACAAUGCAGACACUUGUGCUGUAAGGAGGGUAUACCAGGAAAAUAUAUAAAAGAGAAAGGAACAUCUUCAAUCAAGCAACAUUUGAAAGAUGAUCAGGUUCGCAGGCCCUUGAUUGCAAAAAAUAUCAAUUUAGUUCCUAACUUGGAAAAAAAAUCAAACAAUAAGUCAAGUCAAUCGAAGGAAGAACAUUCCAAUACUGGAGUAGUUCGUUCACACUCUUCAGAAAUUCAUGAUCUACAUUACACGUUUUUUAGGGAAGGUAACGAACAAAUCUUACCACCUGACCACGAAGAUUGCCCUGAAAUAAUCUCCAUUGACCUUAAAUCCUCUGAUGGUUAUUCUAGUAAUACGGAAACAAGUCCACUAAGUGACCAUAAAGGUGAUUUGGAUUUUCUAGGUUCAGAUGUGGAAUUUGAAUGA